UAAGUUUUUAUACCAGCGUUUCUGCGCUGUCAAAAAUCAUAACACCGAUAACGGUGUAGCCUAUCAUAAAACAACCAAAUAGACGAGAGCAGGUCUCUUUUACAAACGAACUGCCUACGAGUAAAGUUGUGGUUAAAACAUACCGAAAACCUUUAAAGUGUUCGCUCCGCGCUAAGUCCGCUUUAUCAAUUCCGCCUUGUGAUAUAUAGUUUAGUGGCGACGAGGAAAAAGGUGCGCGUGUGAAGAAAAAAAAACGUUCCGCGAGUGUAGUGAGAAUAAAAGCAAUAGAAAGUUGCUGCAGGCAUUCACAGGACGCUUGGCUGGACGCCAUCUUCGACGCUCCCAGACGAGGGAAAAUCACCCCAGGAUUCAUCGCAGAUUGGACCGUCGGUACGCAACUGCCGGCAAAGGAAUUGCUUUUUGCCAGUGGAUUCGCUGGAGCGGCAGGUAUUUUUCGGAAACGGAGGUUUAUUUGAGGAAUUUUGUUUACUCGAAUUUCUGUUCGGAUUUGCAAAAUUCCUUGCAGCAAACGUAAGUACACUGAACGAGAAAAAGUGCAAAUUAAAUAAAAAUCAAGUUUGGAAAAAAAAGUUAAAUUAUUUCGCUAACCAUUUUGGUUCGUAGCGUCGGUUUUUUUUUCUACGGUAAUGCACAUAUUUUGAACUAAGUGUUUUUAUGCAAAAAAUUUAAGAAAAUAAGUUAUUCCAACAAUGUGAUAUUGAUUCAUUUUGUGUUACUUUAGGAUGUUGGAUUAAAUUUUCUAGGGUAGUGCGCAUAUUUCGGAUCAAGUGUUUUUUUUGGGAAAAUUUUUAAAGCAAAACCAAAUUGUUUCAAGAGUGGUAACAAAUUGUUGGUUGAUUAUUUCUAGGGUAGUACACGUAUUUCGGACCAUGUGUUUUUCAUUGAAAUUUUUUAAAAAAAAACAACCAAUUUUUUCAAGAGUGAUAUUGAUUCUGAUUAACGAAUUGUUGGUUGAAUUUUUUCUAGGGUGGUGCACAUAUUUCGGACCAAGUGUUUUUUUCCCCUUCAUGAAAUAUUUCAAUAGUGUGAUAUUCAUUUAUGGUUACAAAAUUGUAGGGUACUGGACCCAUUUCUAGUAGAAAUAUUUUUUUUGACAAUUGUACUAAGAGUGUUCUUUUGUUUAAUUAACAGGAUUUUCGUGGCUGAUUGGCUGACGAGGAAAACGUGGUACUGCUGAUUGCUGGUGCUGAAAGUAAGCUGGGUCGCUAUUGUUGGCGCCGUUGAAAAGUUUUAUUGAAUUUUCUUUGUGAUAAUUUUUGUGCAAAUUCAAAAUGGCGCAGAUGAAUAUGGCAGCCAUGAUUGAACCAUAUCGCAGGGGUUCUUCUUUCGCUAACUGGGUUGAACGAUUGGGAUACUUUUUUGACAUGAACAAUGUGAAAGAGCAAGCAAAAAAAGCUCAUUUUAUUACCUUGAGUGGGCCAAUUGUAUUUUCCGAAUUGAAGCUGCUGUUUCCCACGACUAAUUUGUCGGAUGUAUCCUAUGAGACAAUGAUUGAUAAACUUAAAUCUCGCUUUGAUAAGACGGAAUCUGAACUGAUUCAAAGGUACAAGUUUAAUAAUAGAAAGCAAAACCCGGGAGAAUCUGCUGAAGAUUUUGUUCUGGCAGUAAAGCUCCAGGCAGAAUUCUGUAAUUUUGGGACCUUUAAAGAGGCAGCAUCCCGAGAGCGUAUUGUAGCUGGGUUACGGGAUGUACAAUUGCAAAAAACAUUACUAAAUGAGUCAAAAUUGACAUUAGAUUCCGCUGAAAAAAUAAUAGCGACUUGGGAAUUAGCUGGGAAUAAUGCGAAAACUCUGGGUAUUGGUGCUGGUGAUGAACAAAUUGCUGCACUAAAGCAAUCGGAAAGCAGGAAAUGUGGGUCUGCUUUAGAAAAACUUGCUGUUACAUAUGACAGAGCUAGAAAUCUGAACCAGAGCCCUCAAGCAGGGGGAAGCAGAGGUUCCAUAAAAAGCCGUUUAGGGUACAAGCCCUAUAAUACCCAUAGUCAUGCUGGGCCGAGAGAAGGCAGAUAUUGGGAAAAGCAUGUGCGAUUCCAACCAGCUGACUAUAGAAGAAGUCGAGAUGAGCAGCGGUAUGAAACCCGUUCUUGCGAUUUUUGUGGAAAAAGAGGACAUCUUAAGCGCAAAUGUUUUAAAUUAAAAAGUCUUAGGAAAGAUGCAGUAAACUCUGUGAUUUCAGCGGGGCCAGAAGUGAACAGCCUGGGUGAUCUUUUUCACAGGAUGAGGACGGAGACAGACAGCGACGACGAGAAGGACUUUUCAGAUACAUGUUGGAAGCGUAGAGGUCAUGGCACAUCGAAGCCAACUUCGAACUUCUAGGAAGGAGAGGGAGUUUGUUCGGCCUAACGUGGUUAUUUCUACGGAGGUAACGAAUCGGAACACGGGACUUCGUACUGAAGAAAGCGAAGAUGAAUUUUACGGAUUUCCACCGGAGGAUCAAAGGAUGAAUUGGAAAAGGAAACAUGUCGCAGAGGGGAACUCUACUCCACCAGAUUUGCGGCGAUCAAAAAGAAUCCGUUCAAAUAAUUUGAAAAGUGAUAAUGUUUAUUUAAAAAAAUAGUUAUAUAAAGAAUUACUGUUCUUUCAGAUAGUAUUAAAUAAUGAAUUUGAAAUUAUAUAAAUGUAAUAAUUGUAAAAAAUUGAUUACUGUCGAUUUUUAAAUGGAAUGAGCUCAAGCUCAAUCGGAAGGGGAAGAGCUGUUAGAUCUAGAUAAGUUUUUAUACCAGCGUUUCUGCGCUGUCAAAAAUCAUAACACCGAUAACGGUGUAGCCUAUCAUAAAACAACCAAAUAGACGAGAGCAGGUCUCUUUUACAAACGAACUGCCUACGAGUAAAGUUGUGGUUAAAACAUACCGAAAACCUUUAAAGUGUUCGCUC